GGAGACUUGUGAGCAUUUACAGAAGAAGAAAACAAGAUGGACGCCAAAGCGUUUAUAGUGUUCGGAUUGAUUGCCGUGCUCGCUGUGGCUUACGCCGAGCGGGCCUGCUCGUGCAAUAACGACUGCCCCGCCUUCAAGCCGUACUGCAUAGCCGGCACGUGCCGCUGCUCCGCCGCUGCCACACCCAGCACUGAGGAUCACCCCUCGUGUCUCCGAUGCACCCAUCUGUGCAGCUGUCCUCGCCUCGUCUACAACGAGUGCAUCAACGGCUUCUGUGGAAAAUAUAACGGAAUCAGGCCCACUCCAACUGUGACGGUGACCGUCACAUCUACCAUCACCCGGCUCGUUCCGUCGAACAUUCCGUAAUACCAAACAGAUCCGAGCAAGAUGAAACUGGUUACAACCAGAUAAAACCAGACUGAACCAGAUCCAGCCGGUGGACCAGCACGCAGCUCAAAUGACGCAAAAUAUGCAGGAGAUGAAGAAAACGCAAAGUGUGACUGCGUAGACAGACAACGUGUAAAAAGUGUGAUGUGUGUUACGAUGGUUACCUAGGGGGCUAAGACGGAGUUCCCUUGUAUGUACCUAAUCAGGUGCGAUUAAAUCGUGUACGAUA